UCGGCUUCGCUCGGUGUGCCGCGGUUCACGUCGUCGAAGAAGCUUUUCGAAGCACCCUUGGGACACUCGACUCGUGCCACUCUGCUCGUUCGGGUUAGCCAACUCGAUAGUUUCUCAAAGGAAGCCGGCGAAAGAAAAAGGCCGCCACCAUGGACGCGAUCAAGAAGAAGAUGCAAGCGAUGAAGCUUGAGAAGGACAAUGCGAUGGACAAGGCUGAUGCCUGCGAGGGGCAGGCGAAGGAGGCGAAUAUGCGCGCGGACAAAGUGUUCGAGGAGGUCAGCGAAUUGCAGAAGAAGCUGACCCAAGUUGAGGGCGAUCUUCAGGCUAACAAACAAGCCCUGGAUCAGGCCAACAAGGACCUCGAGGAGAAAGAGAAAGCUCUGACCAACGCUGAAUCCGAGGUAGCCGCAUUGAACCGGAAGGUGCAGCUGAUCGAGGAGGAUUUGGAAAGAUCCGAGGAGAGAUUGAACACCGCGACAGCCAAGUUGGCCGAGGCUUCUCAGGCUGCUGAUGAAUCCAGCCGUAUGUGCAAAGUAUUGGAGAAUCGUGCACAGCAGGAUGAAGAGAGGAUGGAUCAGCUGACGAAUCAGUUGAAGGAGGCGCGUCUUCUCGCUGAGGAUGCUGACGGGAAAUCUGACGAAGUGUCAAGAAAGCUGGCCUUCGUUGAAGACGAGCUGGAAGUCGCUGAAGAUCGAGUCAAGUCUGGUGAAGCGAAGAUUAUGGAGCUUGAGGAAGAACUUAAGGUCGUCGGUAACAGCUUGAAAUCUCUGGAAGUGUCCGAGGAGAAGGCUAACCAAAGAGUCGAGGAAUUCAAGCGCCAACUGAAAACUUUGACGGUGAAGCUGAAGGAAGCGGAAGCUCGUGCCGAGUUCGCUGAGAAAACUGUCAAGAAGCUCCAGAAGGAGGUCGACAGGCUCGAGGACGAAUUGGGCAUCAACAAGGACAGAUACAAAUCCCUCGCCGACGAAAUGGACUCGACGUUCGCCGAAUUGGCUGGAUACUAAAAGUUUUCUCGUCCUUCUAUGCUUCUUAUUAUAAUUACAAUGCCAUGCGUGGGGAUGGAACUAUGAUGUUAUGCGUAAAACGGGCCUCUAAAACACACGACCGAUCGUUGCGCGUUGUGAUUAUCAAACGAACACGAUGCACAUGCUGUGAGGAUAAAGAUUCGUCGAAGGAAUAUUAUUUAUCAAAUUGUUUACUGCGACGUUACCGCGACGAAGAUGGUCCAAUGUAUGGAGAUCCGUAAGGAAAUUUUACUCUGUUACACUGUUGUACGAAAUAUUACACAAGACCCAAUAAACUGCUGUAAUGUGGUAUGCGUUACUAAUUUAA